AUGUCAGGAAGCAAAGUGUUCCUGACGUAUAAGCGAAAGCGGCAAUCAAGAACAGAUCCUGUACAGGGACAUGAGUGCCGUAUGCCAUGUAUGUUUGUGUGCUGUGUUGGGGGUAACCUGAAGCACUGUGGAAAAUGCCUUCAGUCCUAUAAUCUCCAAUGCCUAGAUAAGCCCCAUAAGGAAAAGAAACACAUUGAAGUAUCUGGCACAGGACAAAUACCAAUUAAAACCGUUCCGACAAGUCUUGAUGAGGUUCCUUCCCAAAGGGAUGCAUAUGAGAAUAAGCCUAGUGGCAAGAAAGUAGGCUCAUCUUCAAAUGCUAAUGCUGGAGCAUUGGUUGAUGAUAAUAAUGUUGGAGGGAGGUUAGUUUCUCAAUUGGUGAUGAAUUCCGCUAUAAUUACUGCUGAUUUUGUAAGACAAAAUCAUCAGCAGCAGCAGCAGUAUUUGAUAGAAAAAGCAGCACUGAAUGUGAUGGUAGCUCGCCAAGAUUGA